UGUUAAACCAAGAGAAAUCGAUAUAAAGAAACACACAAAUGUCAAUCAUGAAGCUUGUUAACAUGUAUGCUAUCCUUUUAAUACUUAUCACAAUAUCAAUCGCAACAAAAGCAUCAAUCGCAACAAUAGGUGAUGGGAAUACCAAUAGGAAAAUAAACGUUAAGGUUUGUCACACCUUUUCAACAAUGCCAACUGGCUGUCAAGAUGGGAAGUGCAAUGAUUAUUGUAGAGACUUGAAGGGGGAUUUUGCAUAUGGAAAAUGUUUUUAUCCUUACACCUGUGAUUGUCAAUAUGUUUGUGGCUAAAAAACGUGGUUUCAUUUAUAAUAGCUCCGUUAAAAAUAAAAUUGUCUUUGUAGUCUAUCUGGG